CGACCGCAACGAUAGCGAGCACCGUGCAGAUCGAGUGUGCGAGCGAGUCGAUAAUCGUUCACAUCUCGACGGAGGGCAACACGGACUUCCACGGUCUGGUCUAUCCGCGCGGACUGUCAAAGAACAGCUCCUGUUUGCAGGAAUACAGAAGCCAGCCCGCUCCGAUCACGUACAAUCUGCCUUUGCGAUCCUGCAACACUAUGCCCACCGAACUGGACGACGGUGGUAUCGAGUAUUUCAACACCAUAGUGGUCCAGCCGCAUCUGAAGCUGGUCACGAAUCAGGGUAGAGGCUUCCACGUGAGAUGUAGGUACCAGACGCGUGACAAAGUCGUAACGAACGAUCAGACCCACGUGUCCAUGCUGCAAUCUCUGCCGUUACAGGCGACCGCGCCGAUGCCCGGAUGCACGAUGAAGAUUUUCAGCGGCGAUCCGACGCAGCAUCACGUGGCGGAGAACGUGAAGAUCGGCGAUCCGUUGACCCUGGUGAUCAGCAUCGACAAACAAGAGAUGUUCGGUCUGAAGAUCUCCGAUUGUUUGGUGCGCGACGGUCUCGGAUGGGGCGAGCAGCGGCUCAUAAACGACGAGGGUUGUCCGGUCGACGGCGAGAUCAUGGGACAGUUCACGUACAGCGAGGACAAAACGGAGGCCAGGGUGAACUUCCAGGCGCACAAGUUUCCGUAUACGGCGAGCGUGUAUUAUCAGUGCAACGUUAGGCUGUGCGUCAAGUAUGGCGGAGGAUGCAGUAAUACGCCGCCAUUGUGCAAUUCGAUAGCCAGACGGCGCAGAGACACCGUCACCGACGUAACGAGGAGCGUCGAAGGUCUGGACGGCACCCCGGCCACCAUCGAAGUUUACAGCGGUUUGUACGUCAACGAGGCCUCGGACGUGAGUUCCAAGGAUUUUACCGACGACGUCUUCAGGGAAAGAGCUAUCGACGAUCCGAAUAUCAUUUGCAUAUCGCAAAGGAGCUUCGCUAUCGGAAUCGCCAUUGCCGGUCUCGUGCUCAUGCUGGCCGUGGUGGCUGCCAUUUUGGUGCUGCUCGUCAAGAGACGACACAAGAGCGUUUCCACGACGGGAUCGUCCAUUUACAGCGGACCGUAUACGAACACUGCCUAUAGCCACAGUAGCUAAAGUCUAUCUCGCGUAUCUGCCGCGAGCGAGAUCGAUCAUUUUAGACUCGAGCUUCCGGCCUCGGAGCCUCGUGCUUCCUCGCGGCGCGAUCGCGUGUCUCCUCUGAACGAACUCAGAAUCCACGCGAAAAAAUUAAUUAAACUAGUUUUGUUUUCUGUGACGCAAGGUCAAUCCGAGAGCCACGAUCUGCGAAGUCACCGCAACGCGGCGAAGCGAAACGAACGAAACUUCGACACUUUUUUUUGCUCAACUGCUGCCGCGAUGCUACCGCUUAAAUUCGAUGUUUCGCAGAAUUGUUUCCCUCAGCUAGCAGAGAGAGAGAGAGAGAGAGCGGUGCGCUUCGAAGGUAAUUCGACGACAAUUUUGACGAUGGUCGAGUCCUAAAUAUAUCGAAUUUUUCCUUGUCUCCUUUCUUUUGAAACGCUUUUCCCCCCGUCCUCCGUCCCUUCGUCUCGGAACAUUAGCUUCCACUGCUGCUUGAACCAUCGUGUCAGAAAUAAAAAAACAUCGUACUUGGGAUCAACGACUGUUCCGUCCGCGUAACGAACGAACUGCAAACCUUAGCGAAACCUAGUUCCGAACGUUUUUUUUUUUUUUUUAAACAAAUCGAUAUACGACUCGCUCCGCGUCGAGAAAGUUUAGCUAAUAAAAGUUUACGCGCGCGCGUUUCUUUUAUAAUAUUAAAACUCUUAUUUACGUAAUAAUAUAUAUACAUAUAUAUACAUACUGUACUGUACAACUAGUCCGGUAUACGCUGUCCUAACCAAGUACUUAUCAUACUCGCGAAAGCACUGCCCCCCAGUCGCGAUUUUAUCUCAUUAAUUUAACCGAAUUUUGUUCGCGUGUGUGUUCUCAUAUUCUCUAGCUAGGUUUAAGUUUAAUUCAACGCUAUACACGUAAAAACUCUCUCUGUUAAACAAAAAACAAAAAAAAACUCAAUCAAAUACUCCAGUGAUAUUAGCGUGUCACUUUUUUUCAGGUUUUUCUUUUGCAAUUGUUAAUGUUUCUGCGUGUUUUUUUUUUGCUUGUUGUUCUGAAAAAAAAAACUACGGUCGUCAGUUUUUCCCCCCACGCAAGAUUUUAGCUCUCGCCUGGCGGAUAUCCAUCCGCCACCAGCGAGGCGAUCUGCCGUCCGAUUGAUAAGACAUACAUAGGUGUGUUGGUUUAUAUAUAGCUUCCGUUGAGAAUGCGUGCAAAUGGGUCGUUGUCAUCGUAGAUGUAAAAAUAUUUAAUUUCGUCACGUAGCGUGUUUACUAGAAAAAA